UCCCUGCCUCAUUUUCGUGUUUCUUUUUAUUGUUGUUGAGCAGAGCGCAAUCAUGUUUACUCCUCGCUUUCUCAGUCUCCUUCUGAUAAUUGGUCUACAUGAACAUGGAGACACCUUCGGACUUGGGCAAGACGCAGAGAGCCACGGAGGACAAGAUCUGGUUGGAGACGAGGCAUCUGAAAUGAAAGUGCGACUUCCCGUCAGCCGGCAACACAUGCAGCAGCUUAGAGCAGCUCUGAACCUUCAGGUCAGCGGCGCGGCUGGUCCACAUCCCCCUUGGAGGCGCCACGAAACUUUGAAGAAGGCUCGAAAGAUCAUGGAAAAAAGUCCCUCAUCCCUCUUUGGAGUUGAUAAAGCUCCAGGCUCUCAUUACCGUAAUGCUGAGGACAAAAAAGGUCCUACACCGCCUUUGGACAAUGAUGAAGCUUCAGGUUCUUAUUAUCGCCAUGCUGAGGAUGACAAAGGUCCUACACCGCCUUUGGACAAUGAUAAAGCUUCAGGUUCUUAUUAUCGCCAUGCUGAGGAUAACAAAGGUCCUACACCCCCUUUGGACAAUGAUAAAGCUCCAGGUUCUUAUUAUCGCCAUGCUGAGGACAACAAAGGUCCCACACCCCCUUUGGACAAUGAUAAAGCUCCAGGUUCUUACUAUCGCCAUGCUGAAGAUAACAAAGGUCCUAUUGUGGCAAGAGUGAAUACAGAUUCAGAGCGGCUAGAUGGCAACUCAGGGAACCGUCCGCUUUUGCCUGCGAAUGCCGGGGGACCGGGACCGCGCCCAUUGAAGCUCACCCUUAUACUAGAAAACAAAAAGACAGAAACGCUGACGGAUGACGCGUCGGAUGACCUCGAAUUUUCCAUCGCAAAUUCCAAAACCGAAACUCUCAUUGGAUUGAGAAACCCUUCACUUCCAAUUGGUGGGCAAUUUUAAUACCUUAUGCUUAAAGGUGCUAAAUGCGGUGCCACUUAGUGCUUAGUUCGUGCGGAUUUUCGUGCUAAUCCCAACCAUUUUUCAGAGACAAUGGACCACCAGACAAGGUGCAAUUUUUAGCAUUCUGAGACACUGUCCUGACCAAAAUUUUACGUUUAAAUACGAUUUGCGCGACAAAAUACACUCAAGUUAACUCCCGACUAAGAUAUAUUUAACGAUUUUCGAUGCGUAAAUUCAAAUCUCCCGCUCAUAAAAAACAAUAGGCUGCGUGAGUCAAAUCGUGCAAUAAGCGUUACUUAAACAGUCGCUACAGUAUGAGAAUUAUAGACAUCUCAAUCUCGGUGUUUCGGCUCAGCUGAGGCACUUUGUUAAACACUUUGAACAACAAAAGACGGAACACUGUACGAAGCCUGCCAAAAUUGUUGUAGCGGGCGAUUUGAUUUAAGUAAACUAUGUUUUUGUUCAUGUGACUGGGGGAUGCAAAGUUCUCCUAAGUAAUGUAAACUAAAAACGUUAAUUUAGGAAUUGAUUUCAGUAAUUUCCGUUGCACGAAUUGUAUUUUACAUGGAGUGUUGUUCAGGAGGCAUGUAUCAGAAUGCUCGAGUUCGCACCAUGACCAGUAUAAAUAAAAAAAAAAAAAAGUUUUUAAAAAUACAAUUUUUUUAAAAACUUUUUAUUUACGCGAAGAUUUGUGCAGUAAUUAGCUUCCUCAUUUCAUAUUAUAUGUCCAGUAUAGUUAAGAUUUUUAUACAGCUAAGAUUUAUUUUUUAUGGCGAAUUACUUAUUAGUUUUAUUUUAGGGAAUGGUGCUGCUAUCCAAAAACUGAUCGUACGGCCUUUGUCGGGAUCGACAAAAUCUGAGGCAUGAUUGUAAAAUAUGUUACUUUUAUUUAGGAAAAAAACUUAAAUAGCGAUUCAUAUUUGUUCGUCGAUGAGUCAUUCCGGAACUUCAUAUACACACCAGAAAUCCAACUUCGAUAACUUAAUUAUCAAGACUUUUUUAUUUCGUUAAGUUUCCUAUAGAGGAUAUAUCAUGUGUAGAUCAUACUGACUAAAUUUCUCAAAAUGGAACUAACAGGUCUGGCUCAUUUUAGAAACAAUGUAUGCCAUUACUUUUGUUAAACAGAUAGGUGCCUUUACGGAUGAGCCAGAAAUAGUAGUUCCUUUUGCGAAUAUUUUUGUAUUUUAUAACAUGGAAUUUCGAAUUCGAAAAUGCUAAAUAUAGAUGUAGAACUGCAAAUUACAUUCAGUGAACGUGAACAUAUCUUAAAGUACUUAUAUCGAACGCAUUUUAGUGAAAUACUGGCCUUAUUUUCAUUUAUAGUAUGAAAACUUGUAUGAUCCACGACAGAUCGUGGCAUAGGUAAUUCCCGCGAAAUCUUCUUUGGAAAACCCUCAUGGAGCCGAUGCAAUAUCAUCAGUGCGUAAGAUGUGUAUGUAAUUUUCUUAUCUUAUCACUGUUGAAUUUAUGCACUUUAUACUAUCCUUUUUUAAACUUUAUUAUACAUAUGCAAAUAAAUUAAAGAUUUUUAGGGGUUUCAUAUGAUACAAUCUUGGGAUGCAUGUGUGCAUCUUGCACAUGUGAUGAGGGCUCAAAGUUUAAGUGUACGUGUAACUAAUUUUAAGUGUUAACUAGACUACUUUCUUCGAUAGGGAAGACAUAUUUCAGGCUAAUUUAUAAAAACUCUCAUCUAUGAGAAAACGAAUGACACUGAUGCUAUUUCGAAAAUGAGCUGGAGAUAGUAUCCUAUAGCAAAAACCUAUAGUACCUAUAGUAACCUGGGUAGUUACCUAUUGCAAAAUCUAUUCCACUUUUAACAGGCUCCAACAUUUAUUAGAGCUUUCGGUGGUUUUUUAAAGAGCUACACAUAAUUUUACAGAAUUGGACCACAUUUUGCUACAAGGAACCACUAUAUCUGACAAAAUAUAGUAAAUUUAAAGCUUUUGUUAUACAGUAUAUGUUUUGCUAUUUGUCAUCUAAUUAUAACCAAGAUUAAAAUAUACGGUGCGAUGAAUGGAAAAAGUA